UGGAAACAUGUCAACGAUUGUAAGUUUCUAUCGUUUCUAUCUUUGUUACAAAAUAUAUAGAUAAGCAGAUAGUUACAAUUGGCAUGACGAGCAUUAUUUUCAGUUUUUAGAAUAAUCUCAUUUUAGAAAAACGCUAUAAAAAAAAUGAAGGCAGUCAAGUGUCCCACAGAGGAUUUAAGCUACACUAACUGUGCUAUUAUCAAUGUUAAUGAUUUUCCAGAUGAUGUUAAGCAUGUCGAAGUGAUAACGGGACCAAAUCAACAUUUUGUGUUCUCUGUGAGAAAUCAUUAUGAAAUAUCACGAGGCACUGUUGGAUUUAGUCUUCCUCAACGUAAAUGGGCGACACUUUCUCUCAAUCAGGAAAUAGAAGUUCGACCAUUUACUGAUUUCUCAAAAAGUGCCUCAUGCGUCUGCAACAUGGUCCUAGAAGUUGAUUUCCUAAUGAAAAAAACGGCUUCGCUAGAACCGUUCGAUACCGAUCUAAUGGCGAAGGAUUUUUUACUACAAUUCUCUGGCUGUGCAUUCACUGUUGGACAAUUAUUACCAUUUAAAUUUCUCGAUAAAAAAGUCCUCUCAGUUGUUGUAAAAUCUAUAGAAGCUGUUGAUCUAUUGACAGUUGGUGCAGGACAUAAUGCAAAACCAAUAAAAAUUAAACUCGGUCGUUGUUUGGGCGAUACGGUGAUUCAAUUUGAAAAGGCCAUGAAUUCAACGUUAAAUCUUGUGGGCAAAUCAGUGGGAAAAAUGGCACGACAAUCGGUAAUUAAUCCCGAUUGGAAUUUCGAGGAUAUGGGUAUCGGUGGAUUGGAUAAGGAAUUCACAGAUAUUUUUAGGAGAGCUUUUGCCUCCCGCCUUUUAUCAGUGGACGUUGUGUCGAAAUUAAAUUUUAAACACGUAAAAGGAAUUUUACUGUACGGACCUCCAGGUACCGGUAAGACCUUAAUGGCUCGGCAAAUUGGAAAAAUGCUCAAUGCCAAGGAACCGAAAAUUGUCAAUGGACCACAGAUUCUUGAUAAAUACGUCGGGGAAAGUGAAGCUAAUAUUAGAAGAUUAUUCGCUGAUGCCGAGGAAGAAGAGAGAAAAUUGGGACCAAAUAGUGGUUUACAUAUUAUAAUUUUCGAUGAAAUAGACGCAAUUUGUAAAUCAAGAGGCAGCGUCAGUGGGAAUACGGGAGUUCACGACACAGUUGUAAAUCAAUUGCUCUCAAAAAUUGACGGCGUCGAGCAAUUAAAUAAUAUACUCGUAAUUGGAAUGACCAACAGACGUGAUAUGAUUGAUGAGGCUUUACUCAGACCGGGAAGAUUGGAAAUACAAUUGGAAAUUAAUUUACCCGAUGAAAGUGGAAGACUUCAAAUUUUGAGUAUACAUACGGCAAAAAUGAGGGAUCAUAAUAAAUUAGCGAGUGACGUUGAUUUAAAAGAAUUGGCGGCUUUAACGAAAAAUUUCAGUGGCGCUGAAAUUGAAGGUUUAGUGAGAGCAGCGCAAAGUACGGCUAUGAAUAAAUUAGUUAAGGUGACAAAUAAAGUUGAAGUAGAUCCAGAAGCCAUGGAGAAUUUCAAUGUCAAUAGGGGAGAUUUCAUCUAUUCUCUCGAGAACGAUAUUAAGCCGGCUUUUGGAACAAACGACGACGAUUUGGGACGAUUAAUGUUAAAAGGUAUCAUCACCUGGGGAAAACCGAUUGCGGAUAUUCUCAGUGAGGCACUUUUCUGCAAGGAACAAUUAAUUGCCACUGAAGGACCGGCCCUUGUUUCAAUUCUUCUCGAAGGUCCGAGGAAAAGUGGAAAAACUGCAUUGGCAGCACAAAUCGCAAAGAAUACGAAUUUUCCAUUUAUUAAAAUUUGCACUUCCGAGGAUAUGAUCGGAUUUACUGAACCGGCAAAAUGUUCAGCGGUGGAGAAGAUAUUUACUGCAGCCUAUCGCUCUCAACUCAGUUGUGUUUUGGUUGACAAUAUCGAACGUUUUCUCGAUUACGGACCAAUUGGUCCCAAAUAUUCUAAUUUGAUGCUCCAAACUUUAUCGCUAUUGUUAAACAAAAAACCACCACGUGAUCGAAAGUUAUUAAUUAUUGGCACUACUAGUCGCAAACAAAUCUUACAAGAUCUAGAAAUUCUCUCCGAUUUCAAGACAAUUCUUCAUGUGCCCAAUUUACUUACACCAAAUGAUCUUCUCUCAGUGCUUGAGGAGGUGGAUUUAUUCUCAAAAGACGAACUCGUUAAUCUUCAUGGAAAAUUACUAGGCAGAAGUAUUUACAUUGGAAUUGAAACAUUAUUAGAUUUAAUAGACAGAGCCAGACCAGUAGAGGCGAAUUAUCGACUGUCAAAUUUUAUUUCAAAAUUAGAGCAAGAAGGUUAUCUAGAAUAAAGAAAAGGAUAAAAAUCAAAUUAUUUUAUUUAUAUGGAAAUUUUACAUUAAAUGUGCAAUUAUUGUGUAAAUAGUGUGUAACUGUGAAUCGAGGGUUAAAUUGAAAUUUUGUACGUUGCAUAUGGAUGAGAAAAAUUGAUUGUAACAGAGGAUUCAAUUCCAUGUGAUUGACUAACUAAUAACCUACCUCUAAAAAAUCGAAACAAAUUUUAUAACAAAUUUUAUUAAUAUAUAUUUUAAAAUUUA